ACAUGUCCGGGCCGCGGUGCCUUCAGAGCCCCAAGCUCUCCUGAGAGCAGAGACGCCCGCCGCCCGGUUGCCAGCCGCCUUCUUCCUCCUCCUCCUCUUCCUCUCGGGCCUCCAGCACGGACCUCCCCGUCCGUCCCCGUCUCAUGAGCCACCCUGAGGCCUCCACCCUGCCCUGCCAGAGGAGAAUAGCAGCGUCGCCCUGAGAGCCGCCUCCGGCCAGCCGGACGGUCCGGGUCCAGGACCCCCCUGCUCAGCCCCAACUAUGACAGUGGCCACCGGAGACCCUGCCGAUGAAGCCGCCGCCCUCCCCGGCCACCCCCAGGACACCUACGACCCCGAGGCUGACCAUGAGUGCUGCGAGCGUGUGGUGAUCAACAUCUCUGGGCUGCGCUUCGAGACGCAACUCAAGACAUUGGCCCAGUUCCCAGAGACCCUCCUGGGUGACCCCAAGAAGCGGAUGAGGUACUUCGACCCGCUCCGCAAUGAGUACUUCUUCGACAGGAAUCGGCCCAGCUUCGACGCCAUCUUGUACUACUACCAGUCAGGGGGCAGGCUCAGGCGGCCCGUGAACGUCCCCCUGGACAUCUUCUCAGAGGAAAUCCGGUUUUACGAGCUGGGCGAAGAGGCGAUGGAGAUGUUCCGGGAAGACGAGGGCUACAUCAAGGAGGAGGAGCGCCCACUGCCCGAAAACGAAUUCCAGAGGCAGGUGUGGCUUCUCUUUGAAUACCCGGAGAGCUCCGGGCCAGCCAGGAUCAUCGCCAUCGUGUCCGUCAUGGUCAUCCUGAUCUCCAUCGUCAGCUUCUGCCUCGAGACGCUACCGAUCUUCCGCGAUGAGAACGAAGACAUGCACGGCGGUGGCGGGAUGAGUUUCCAUCCCUAUCCCAACAGCACCAUCGGGUACCAGCAGACCACGUCCUUCACCGACCCUUUCUUCAUCGUGGAAACGCUGUGCAUCAUCUGGUUCUCCUUCGAGUUCCUGGUGCGCUUCUUCGCCUGCCCCAGUAAAGCCGGCUUCUUCACCAACAUCAUGAACAUCAUCGACAUCGUGGCCAUCAUCCCCUACUUCAUCACCCUGGGCACUGAGCUGGCCGAGAAGCCAGAGGACGCCCAGCAGGGCCAGCAGGCCAUGUCGCUGGCCAUCCUGCGGGUCAUCCGCCUGGUGCGGGUCUUCCGCAUCUUCAAGCUGUCCCGCCACUCCAAGGGGCUGCAGAUUCUGGGGCAGACCCUCAAGGCCUCCAUGCGUGAACUGGGCCUGCUCAUCUUCUUCCUCUUCAUCGGGGUCAUCCUCUUCUCCAGCGCCGUCUACUUCGCCGAGGCCGACGAGCGGGAUUCCCAGUUCCCCAGCAUCCCCGACGCCUUCUGGUGGGCCGUCGUGUCCAUGACGACCGUGGGCUACGGGGACAUGGUCCCCACCACCAUUGGCGGGAAGAUCGUCGGCUCCCUGUGCGCCAUCGCCGGGGUCUUGACCAUCGCCCUGCCAGUCCCCGUCAUCGUGUCCAACUUCAACUACUUCUACCACCGGGAGACAGAGGGGGAGGAACAGGCUCAGUACCUGCAGGUGACCAGCUGCCCAAAGAUCCCAUCUUCCCCCGACCUCAAGAAAAGUCGAAGUGCCUCGACCAUAAGUAAGUCAGACUACAUGGAGAUCCAGGAAGGGGUCAACAACAGCAACGAGGACUUUCGAGAGGAGAACUUGAAAACAGCCAACUGCACCCUGGCCAACACAAACUAUGUGAACAUUACCAAAAUGCUAACGGAUGUGUAGUGGAAACCCAUCGGCCUAUUUAAAGCUCAAGAGGAACUCACGCAAGCGUUGCGUCAUAGCCUGCCUUGUAGUUGAUGUGUUCGAUGGUGUGUAAUCGGUCUUGCAUGGGAAGCCAUAGAUGUGCAAGUGACUUUUGACUUUUGAUUUUUUUUUUCGAUGUAGAAUUCAGAAUACCUACUUACCACUUUCCCGCCGGUGUCCAGCCCAGGCCUCGAGGUCUCCCGAGAGGCGGAGGGGUCUUGGGGAGGUCGGUGGGGCCCACCGAAAAUUCCCGCCUGCGGCCCGGCCCCCGGGAGUCGGUGAGCUCUUCACCGUGGAAUUGCACUUGGCCCGUCGAGUUGCACACGCCCGGAGGAAGUGGUACCCGUUUAGCUUUGAAGCUUCGGUAAUUAUACGAAAAGGUCAUCCCCAUUUUGCAUUUCAAAAGACCGUAUGUCCGUGUGUUUGGAUCGUUUCUGUGUCACGGCUUGGGGUUUUGAAUUUCCGUUGCCAAGCGGGUGCUCCGGAGGGUUGUGUUUCAUAACUAAAAAUGCUGCAUUGGUCUCUUUCUCUGCAGUGUCAGGGGGAGACUCAUGGGAAGGACAAUUAGCAUGAUGGAGGAUUAGUGGUUAAGUCUUAAAUUUCCCACACCAGUCCUGGGGAAUAAACGAACAAGCGAACCAACUAAGAAACCUGCCCUCUUAGGGUUCAACCAUCCUUUGCUGUUUUCAGGAUCACCAAAGACACAUCAAUUCACGUGUUGUACCUGGAGUUUCCCAGCACCCUUCUACUCUCAUGCCGGGGCAACCAGGCUGUGGCCUAUGAUAUAUUUACAAUGCAGUGAAAUUAUUCAGUGAUACAGUACAGCUGCAUGAGUGUUUGCUGCAUGACUUGAUAUUUAUUGCCCACGAGAUAUCUAUUUUCUUAGUAGACUAUUCAGUAUUCAUGUUGAUAGUGUUUCUCUUCUUUGAUGGCAUUAUGGUAGGUGAUUCCCUUUGGGGGUAAAAGGGGAGGAGGUCCUCGACCAGAGGAAAGAGGGCGGGCAAGCAAAUCUUUCUCUCUCCUUGGCAGUUCCUCCAGACAGGGGCCUAGACACCAGGGAAGGUGACCUGAAAGAGGAGAACACCUGAGCUUGUCCCGAGACUGCACCUUAGGAAACUGUCUUGUCAUGAGCAUGGUUUUGCAGCUGAGCCUAGAGUCUGGAGGCCAGGUGGCUCUGUGGGACCGGUGUCUAACCAGCUAUCAUCUAUGUGUGCUCUGCUAUCAACCUAGCUAUAGAAAUAGUUGCAUUCAGUUGUCGUAUAAGCUUAUGCAAUAUCGUUGACACAGCAGUUUAUGCAUGUGU